AUGCAAGAUGUCAUCAAACAAAAGGUACCACUUCGUAGACUAUUAAAGAUGUCAUCACCAGAAAUCCAUCUAUUCAUCAUGGGUUGUAUUGCAGCUCUCUGCACAGGUUCUGUCAAUCCAAUCUUUUCCAUUCUCUUGGCUGAAAUUUUAAUAGUCUUCCAAAACCCAGAGAUGGAUACUCUUAAAAAAGAAGCCGCUAUGAUGGGCCAUUUGGUUCUUGGUCGUUGCGGAAUAGCUUUGAUCAUAUUAAUGUACCAUCCGAUCGGAUGUCCAAUUCAGAUGUCUCAUUCACAUUCAGUAGCACAAAAUUUAUAUCAAGGUAGUUGGAUUAGACAUAGUAAUAAUGUACAACCAUGUAAUGCCCCAGUCUAUACCAAUAUGACAGUUCCAGGUAAAUCUGGUCCAGGUGGUACUUUUUCAACUCAUGAUUCAGAAUCUCCAUCAUAUACCUACCUAGUCAACUGUACUUUUAAUGCUGACAAUACUUUUACUGGCCAAGGUUCCAUCUACUACCCCAACUCUUGGAAAUUAUACGGUUACGUUCAAGUCAAGGGUCAAUUCCUCAGCAAUUUCAACUUUGUCGUAGUUUACCCUCCAUAUGCAAGAUUUAAUUAUCAAGGUUCAACUCAAUACUAUGCUCUUGAUACCUGUAAUUAUGGUUUUGAUGAUCAAGAAGAUCUAGAUUUUGAAAAUGUUCCAAGAUCCUAA